UCUCUGUGUCUCUCUACCCAUUCCCAGAGUGCAUAUCGGGAAAUAGACACACAAAGACAUGCGCACUCAACUUAAUCAGCCAUUUUUUUUAAACAGGGGCUAAAACGAUAAUAAUUAGCAGAAUAAAGACAUAUCGGAUUUUCAUUUCCUUUCCUCCGUUUUCCCGACCCCUCGUCCACAAGAGAAACUGCGAGGCAGCCCGUCGACACGUCGCUCCGCCGCCGCCGGAACCAAACAAAAUAAGGGAUAGCUCUGAGACCGCUUGACAUUUGUGGUUUUUACCCCCUCUUCCCAAUAUAAAGUUGGAGGAUUAUUGUAAUUUUACCUGUUUUCUUCCACGUUUUUGAUUGCCCGAUCACGAAAGCCGCUGGAUGUGACUGUUUUGUAAAACCCCGAGAGCAGAGACGAGAAGCGGAGGUGACGGCUUUGGAGAGAGAGGGGGGAAGAAAGUCCCUGUUAGGCUGGAUGAGAUGAGAUCCCUAUGUAGUGGUCAUCAUGGCAACUUGUGACUCUCCCCCUAUGGUGUCGUCACGGCAGCAGGAACAUGGUGGCCAGAGGUUGGACGCUGCUGCCGAGGACAACUCCCUCAUGGCCAUGGAGACCAGUGUCGCCAACAGCAACAACGCCAACAACAACAACCAAUCAUCACCUGCCGCCGUUAGAGAGCCGGAGAAUGGCCUUGGACAGCCUGUUGUGACCCCGCUGACGUCCACUGUUACCCCCACCACUGUCAGUGCAACCACCAACCCUCUAACUGAACAGAGUCGGAGAGAAAGCUUUACUACCAGUAACAAAGGGAGUGUUGCUGGGACUUUACCAGGAGUAGGAGGAGGAGCAGUUUUGGGUUCGGACUGUUUUGCCCCAGCCACAUCUCCCGUGGCGCCGGCAAAGGAGAUCCCCUGCAACGAAUGUUCUAAUUCCUUCUCCAGUUUACAAAAAUACAUGGAGCACCACUGCCCCAAUGCCCGUCUGCCUACCCUUGGAGGUCACGAGGAGGGUGAGGAGGUUGAAGGGAUGGUAGGGGAUGAGAGUGAAGAUGAAGGAGAGCGUGAGGUGGGUGGUGCAGAAAUGGGGGAAAUGAACAGUGAGGUGGAAAUGGAAGAGGAUAGCGAUGUGGAGAAUCUGUGUGGUGAUAUCAUCUACCAGCCCGAUGGCUCUGCCUUCAUCCUGGAGGACUCCAAAGAGCAGCGUGGCAACCAGGGGGGACUCUCUGGGUCUCUCCAAUUCAGGGGCCUGCUGUCCCCCCAAACCUUCCCCAGUGUCCAGGCCUGCAGUGGCCAGAGUGGCCUGAGCCCAGGGGGGGAGCGGUUGGAGCAGCCCGCUGCACCCAUGUCCUUCUACCCCCAGAUCAUAAACACCUUCCACAUCGCCUCAUCCCUGGGGCCUAAAUCCCUAGUGACUGACCACCCCUCCUUCCCAAAUACCUCAGCUGGAGGGCUGGUGGGCGCUGGUCCCAUGUUGCACAGUUUCCGUGUCUAUGACCUCCGCCACAAGAAUGACAAAGACUAUCUUACAGCGGAUGGUGCAGCCAAAAACUCCUGUGUGUCCAAAGAUGUCCCUAACAAUGUGGACUUGUCCAAGUUUGAGGGCUGCGUUGCUGAUGGGCGGCGGAAGCCUGUGCUGAUGUGUUUCCUGUGCAAGCUGUCUUUUGGCUACAGCCGUUCCUUCGUGACACACGCUGUCCAUGACCACCGUAUGACCCUGAAUGAUCAGGAGCAGAAACUGCUGAGCAACAAGCAUGUCUCUGCCAUCAUCCAGGGCAUCGGCAAGGACAAAGAACCUCUUAUAAGCUUUCUGGAACCAAAAAAAUCCCCCAACUCUGUGCUACCCCACUUUCCUACACCUGCCAACUUCCUAGGGCCAGACACGGGGCUCCGUGGAUUGUGGAAUGCUUUCCACAGUAGUGGGGAGAAUGCAGAUUCCCUUCAGGCAGGAUUUGCCUUCCUGAAGGGCAGUGCCAGCAGCUCCUCCAAUGACCAAAUCCCCCGAACCCAAACCAUGCCAAAGGCUGAGACCAACCCAAACCUCGGGGGAGGGGCUGGUGCCCACAGAACCUCCAGCGGGAGUUCUGCUGCUGCUGCCACUGCUGGUAACCUGGAAGGUCGGAACUCUGAUAGUGACUGCAAAGGCUACGUUAGGGACACAUGCACUUUGCAACCCAAUGGGCCGGACCUGAGCCAGUACCCGCUUAUCAAGCGGGAGCCCGGUGUAGUGGGAGGAGAAAGUUCAGAGCAGGAUGAGGAUGCUUACUCCAAUGGUGGUGGAGUAGAAAUGGAGGCAGACGAGGAGGAGGAGCGGGCCAUGAACAUGGCCAUGACAGGCCAGCGGGCCGACAGCACCAGUAGCAAAGAUUUCCCUCUCUUAAACCAAAGUAUUUCCCCCCUUUCCAACAGUGUGCUAAAGUAUAAUAGUGACAGCAAAGGCCCUGCCUCAACCUCCUCUUCCUCCCUGCCUGUGUGUGAGAAGCUAGAGAUGGAGAAGAGCCGCCUGUCCACUGCCCUGGCAGCUGCCAGAGAGCGGGAGAGCAGCAACGAUUCAACCAGUGAAACCCUGGCAGGACGUGAUGGGUCGUCGCCAUCCUCCCACCCCCUUGACAUGAUGAUGUUGCGCAGAGAUGAUGAGAGUCCAGGGCCUCUGUAUCAACACACAGGAAAUCCAAGUACGCCUGGAACUCCAGGGACGCCCGGUACCCCUGGUCCAGGUGAAGGAUCACCUGGUAGUGGGGUGGAGUGCCCAAAGUGUGACACAGUCUUGGGAUCCUCACGGUCACUGGGAGGGCAUAUGACGAUGAUGCAUUCACGCAACUCCUGCAAGACGCUGAAGUGUCCCAAGUGUAACUGGCACUACAAGUACCAGCAGACGCUGGACGCUCACAUGAAGGAGAAACAUCCAGAGUCUGGUGGAUCAUGUGUGUACUGCCGCACAGGACAGCCUCAUCCUCGUUUAGCCAGGGGCGAAAGCUAUACCUGUGGAUACAAGCCUUUCCGCUGCGAGGUGUGCAACUACUCAACCACCACCAAAGGCAACCUUAGCAUCCACAUGCAGUCGGACAAGCAUCUGAACAAUGUACAAACGCUCCAGAAUGGUGGCACUGAGACACCAUACAACCACAGCCAUGCCAACCCUGUGCCCAGUGUCAGCCUUGUUGGAGGCUGCGGUGUACCCUCGCCAUCCAAACCCAAACAGAAGCCCACUUGGCGCUGCGAGGUGUGCGACUAUGAGACCAACGUGGCGAGGAACUUGCGAAUCCAUAUGACCAGUGAGAAACACAUGCACAACAUGAUGCUGCUGCAGCAGAACAUGAAGCAGAUCCAGCACAGCCUCCAUCUGGGCCUGGCCCCGGCCGAGGCAGAGCUCUACCAGUACUACCUGGCUCAAAACAUGGGCCUGGCAGGAGUGAAGCUGGAGAGCCCAGCUGGCAGCAGUGGCCCAGAUGCCCAGAUGAUGAUUAACCCAUUCCAGCUAGAUCCGGCGACCGCGGCUGCUCUUGGAUCGGGUCUCGUGAAUAGCGACCUGUCAGCUGAGCUGCGUCUUGCCAGUGGUCAACUGAUGGCAGAUGACCUGUCCCUGGUGUCCUCGGGCGGAUGUGGGGGCAUGUCCUCAUCAGACCCCUCCCUGUCCUCCCUGUCGCCGCCCAUCAACGACCCCUCGCUGCGCCUCUACCAGUGCGCCGUGUGCAACUGCUACUCCACGGACAGCCUGGAGGUCCUCAACGCCCACGUCAGCGCCGAGCGCUCCUUGCCCGAAGAGGAGUGGCGCUGCGUGGUGGGCGACGUCUACCAGUGCAAGCUCUGCAGCUACAACACGCAGCUCAAGGCCAACUUUCAGCUGCACUGCAAGACAGACAAGCACAUGCAGAAGCACCAGCUGGUGGCCCACAUCAAGGAGGGAGGCAAAGCCAACCAGUGGAGAUUAAAGUGUGUGGCCAUUGGCAACCCGGUGCACCUCAAGUGCAACGCCUGUGACUACUACAGCAACAGCGUGGAUAAACUGAGGCUACAUGCCACCAACCAGAGGCACGAGGCAGCCAUCCGUCUCUACAAGCACUUGCAGAAGCUGGACGGCGCCUACAGCCCGGAGUUGUGCCUCUACUACUGCGCGCUGUGCGACUACUCCACGAAGGCCCGCCUCAACCUGGUGCAGCACAGCCGCUCGGCUCGCCACCAGCAGAACGAAGGACUGAGGAAACUCCAGCUGCACCAGCAAGGCCUGGGCGGGGACGACGAUGGACUAAGCCUGCACGAGGUGUUCCAUGUCAAGGAGUGCCUCUCCAGCCAAGAAGAGACUGCUGAGGAUGGUGAGAGACCUCCUCGCUCUUCCUCCAGGCACGGACUCAACCUCACUGAGAGAGAGUUGACUGACAGCAGGAGAGCUGACCGAGUGAUCGCCAUGUCCAAAGAGGUUACCGGACCGAAUGCUACGGUGAAACAUUCCCUCCCGCCGGAUCGACAAAUUGAAAGCCCACCAAAGAGGCCAAAGUCUGCUGAGGGGAAGACCUCUGCCAAUGAGCAGGUUCAGCAGUGUCCGUAUUGCAACUACAGCAGUAAAGACGCCAACCGUAUGCAGCUCCAUGUGAUGUCCCAGCAUUCCAUGCAGCCAGUUAUCCGCUGCCCUCUGUGCCAGGAUGUCCUGAGCAACAAGAUUCACCUGCAGCUGCAUCUCACACACCUUCACAGUGUGGCUCCUGACUGCGUAGAAAAACUUAUUAUGACGGUCGUUGGACCUGACACAGCAGCACCAAAUAAUGUUAUGCAUCCCCAAACUGGACAAGACAAAGGUCUAUCUCUGAUGGAUUCCUCUACCUCCCUGACUGAUGGGUGUGGAAAAUCUCAAGGAAACAUCGCAAAGGAUGAGCUGACCAGUCAAGAAAAGAAUGAAUUGGACCCUCAGGGUGAGGAAGUCAAGCCCCCAAAGGAGGCCUCAGAGGCCCCAGACUGGAAGAGAGCCAGUGGGUUAGGACAUGAUAGCAAGUCCCCUGAUACCCUUCAAGACCAUCUCAGUGAGCUCCAAAGACUCCAGCAGCAACAACAGCAGCUCUCGGUAUCUGAUCGUCAUGUCUACAAGUAUCGUUGCAACCACUGCAGCCUGGCCUUCAAGACAAUGCAGAAGCUUCAGAUACAUUCCCAGUACCAUGCCAUCAGAGCAGCCACUAUGUGCAGCCUUUGCCAGCGCAGCUUCAGGACAUUCCUGGCCCUCAGGAAGCAUUUGGAGAAUGGACAUCCUGAACUUAGUGAAGCUGAAGUGCAGCAACUAAUAGGAAAUCUCCCAACGAAUGGAGAUAUCACUGAGAGUGAGGCCAGGGCCUUAGAGGAAGCUCAGGCCUUUGAACAUGACUUGGACAAAGAUGAUGACAUUGACCAGGAAGAGAAGCCCAGUCCUACGGGAAGUGACAGUAGCUCUCUGCUUGAUGACAUGGGAGCAGAACCUAAGCGGACCUUACCAUUUAGAAAAGGGCCCAACUUUACAAUGGAGAAAUUUUUGGACCCCUCUCGUCCUUACAAGUGCACAGUAUGUAAGGAGUCCUUUACCCAAAAGAACAUCUUACUAGUCCACUAUAAUUCAGUUUCCCAUCUGCAUAAGUUGAAGAAAGUCCUUCAAGAAGCAUCAAGUCCUGUCCCACCGGAGACAAGCAACAGCACUGAUAACAAACCAUUUAAAUGCAAUAUUUGUAAUGUUGCCUAUAGCCAAAGUUCAACACUUGAAAUUCAUAUGAGGUCAGUACUCCACCAGACCAAAGCAAGAACAGCCAAAACUGAAAUGAGCAGCAGCAGCAGCAUCUCUGGUACUAGUGGUCCAGUCCCUGCAAAGAGUCCAGCACCAAGCACACAAGGAAAUGGCAGCAACUCAGAUGCUGCUAGAAGUGGUACACCCUCUGCUAACAAAGAAAACACUGCGGAUCCCAAAGAAGCUAACAGCAGCAACAGUAAUAAACAAAUAACUACUGACCAUAUUUCCGCACAGGCAAGUCACCAGUCAGCGCAGGCCUCAGCCCAACUGCAACUGCAGCUUCAGCAUGAGCUCCAGCAACAAGCUGCUUUCUUCCAGCCUCAGUUUCUUAAUCCAGCUUUUUUCCCCCAUUUUCCAAUGACCCCAGAAGCACUUCUACAAUUUCAACAACCACAGUUUCUUUUCCCCUUCUACAUCCCAGGAGCGGAAUUCAACAUGAGCCCAGAACUUGCGCUGCACUCAGCAGCAGCUUUUGGAAUGCCUGGCCUUACUGGAUCAUUCCUAGAGGACCUGAAGCAGCAGAUGCAACAGCAGCACCAGCUGCAGCAGGCUCAGGCACAGCAGCAGGCUCAGCAGCAGCAGCAGCAGCAGCAGCAGCAGCAGCAGCAGCAGCAAGCCUCUCAGAAACAGUCUGAAAUGCAUCGACAUAAAAACCAUCAACUGCAGAACCACAAACCCAAAAUGGAGUCCAGCACUGUUUCAAUUUCAGAAAUUCAAAUGUCAAGAGAGGCAGAGGACCACUUAGAAAAACAAGAAAACAGAGCAAAACUGGAAAAUGGAGGCGAUUCAUUAGGUGAUGUUGGAAAAGACAACAAAGAUUAUAAAAGGUCAAAGUUCUCAGAGCCAAUGAUUCCCCCUCCACGUAUUGUGUCAGGAGCAAGGGGCAAUGCAGCCAAAGCACUUCUAGAGAACUUUGGAUUUGAGUUAGUCAUCCAGUACAAUGAAAACAGACAAAGAAACCAAAGGAAAAACAAAGAAGGAGGUGAAAAUGCAGAAAUGAACAAUGAUAAGCUUGAGUGUGGAAUGUGUGGAAAGCUCUUCUCCAAUAUGCUUAUUCUCAAAAGUCACCAGGAACAUGUGCACAGUCAAUUUUUCCCAUAUGUGGAGCUUGAAAAGUUUGCCCAGCAGUACAGAGAGGCUUAUGACAAACUCUAUCCAAUAAACCCUGCUUCACCUGAGACUCCACCACCGCCGCCUCCACCGCCUCCUCCUCCUCCGCCCCCUCCUGCUCCAGCCCCAGUGACAGCUCCACAGCCUCCAUCUACAUCAAUGACCAAGCCCCAAACCCCAGUACCUUCACCGGCUCCUGUUUCCCACCAGACCCAGCACCAACCCUCUCACCAGGCACCACCAUCCCAGCCACCACCCCCUCCUCCAACACCCUCUGCCCCACCUGCACCACCCCAAGUACAGCUUCCCGUUUCCUUGGAUAUGCCCCUUUUCUCACCUCUAAUGAUGCAGUCUGUCCAGCACCCAGGCCUGCCCCAUCAGCUGACCCUCCAAAUGCCCUCAAUGGACUGUCUUUCCUCUGACCUUACACAGCUUUGCCAGCAACAAUUGGGUCUUGAUCCAAACUUUCUCCGUCAGUCUCAGUUUAAGAGGCCCCGCACUCGUAUUACUGAUGACCAGCUUAAGAUCUUGCGUGCCAACUUUGACAUCAACAAUUCUCCUAAUGAAGAGCAAAUCCAGGAGAUGUCAGAGAAAUCUGGCUUGCCCCAAAAAGUCAUAAAGCACUGGUUCCGUAACACCCUUUUUAAAGAAAGACAGAGGAGUAAAGACUCUCCCUACAAUUUUAGUAUUCCUCCCAUUACUACAUUGGAAGAUAUUCGAAUGGAGCCCCCGCUCAGUGCCCACGAAUAUUACAGAACAGAGUCAUCCCUCAACAAGAGGUCCUCUAGGACCAGAUUCACUGAUUACCAGUUGAGGGUACUUCAGGAUUUCUUUGACACUAAUGCCUAUCCAAAGGAUGAUGAGAUUGAGCAGCUCUCCACCGUGCUCAACCUACCAUCCAGAGUCAUUGUAGUGUGGUUCCAGAAUGCCCGCCAGAAAGCUCGCAAGAGCUAUGAGAACCAGGCAGAUUCUAAAGAUAAUGAGAAAAAAGAGCUGACGAAUGAGCGAUACAUCAGAACCAGUAACAUGCAGUACCAGUGCAAAAAGUGCAACAUAGUGUUCCCACGCAUCUUUGACCUUAUCACUCACCAGAAGAAACUGUGUUAUAAAGAUGAAGAUGAAGAAGGCUAUGAGGACCAGUCUUUUGAGGAAUACACAGAUUGUAUUGAGCAAGGUCCAGUUAGGAUUACCCAAGGACCUUUAGAGCCACCUAAACAGUCCCAAACAGGAACUGCCACCAGUUCUGGCUCAAGCUCCCCUGUGAUGGCCUCUCCUCGUGCCAGUUUGGGGAAAAUGUCCCCUAAGCCAGACAUUGGCCCUGAACCUGAACCUAAACAAACUGAGACUGCCCAGUCACCAGUGAUCAAGUCACUACCAGAGCCCAGACCAUCUAAGGCUUCCACUCCUCAGCCACCUCCUCAGAAAGCUCCCCAGCCACAAAUAUCAAGACCCCAUUCCCAGCCCCAGGCAGCAGCAGUGCCCUCAAGUCCACUGUCUCUGGCCCUUUCCUCACUCACAAACAGUCUACCCCACCAAAUGCUUCAGUACCAGUGUGACCAGUGCAAGAUUGCAUUCCCCACUGUUGAGCUAUGGCAAGAGCACCAGCACAUGCAUUUCUUGGCUGCCCAAAACCAAUUCCUUCAUUCUCAGUUCCUUGAAAGACCCAUUGAUAUGCCCUAUAUGAUUUUUGAUCCCAACAACCCCCUAAUGGCUAGUCAGCUGUUAUCUGGAGGCCUUUCCCAAAUCCCAUCUCAGGGUAGCUCUGGUUUGGCCUCUGCAACAGGCUCUGGAUCACUGAAAAGGAAACUGGAUGACAAAGACGAAAGUGGUAAUGACAAAGAUGGAGGAAAUAGUAGUGAAGAGCAACACAGAGAUAAACGUUUGAGAACCACCAUUACACCAGAACAACUGGAGAUUCUCUAUGACAAAUACCUACUUGACUCUAACCCAACAAGGAAGAUGUUGGACCAUAUUGCACGAGAGGUUGGCUUGAAAAAGAGAGUUGUGCAAGUUUGGUUCCAAAACACACGUGCAAGAGAGAGAAAGGGGCAGUUUAGAGCUAUUGGGCCCUCCCAGUCCCACAAGAAGUGUCCCUUCUGCAGAGCACUGUUUAAGGCUAAAUCUGCUCUAGAUAGUCACAUAAGAUCCAGACACUGGCACGAGGCUAAGCAGGCAGGCUUUAGCUUGCCACCAAGCCCAAUGAUGAAUCAAGACAAUGAAAGAGGAGAAAGCCCAAAUAAAUAUAAUUUCUUUGACUUCUCACAGCUGCCUACCAAGACGGAGCCAAAUGAGUAUGAGCUGCCUGCUGCAUCCUCAACUCCACUCAAACCAUCUGAAGCCCAGUUAAAAAACUUCUUAAGCCCUUCAUCCUUAAAAGCUGAAAUCUGCGAUGAAACUGAAGGGCCUAAUAUUAAUUCAGCAGAAGCUUCAACUUAUGAUCUCAUUAAGAUGGACUUUGAUGAGACAUCAUCAAUUAAUACAGCCAUAAGUGAUGCUACAACUGGAGACGAGGGUAAUAACAAUGAGAUUGAGAGCCUCACUGCCAAUGGAGGAGACAAGCUGAGUGACACCAAGAGUUGCUUGGGGUCAAAUUCAGAUGCUGGCAAUGAAAGGUUCCAAUUCAGUAUGGUUAGCCCUUCCCUGAGCUAUUCUGAAAGAGACUGCGACUCUUAUUAUAGCUACAGGGAUUAUGAAAUGGAUGAAAGCAAUGACAGGAGUGAGUCAUCAAGCCUAGCUGAUCCCAGUUCCCCCAGUCCGUUUGGGACAGGUAACCCUUUCAGCAAGUCUGGCAAAGGCAGCAAUUCUGGGGACAGGCCUGGCCACAAACGCUUCAGAACUCAGAUGAGUAACCUGCAACUUAAAGUCCUGAAGGCCUGUUUUAGUGACUACCGAACUCCCACAAUGCAAGAGUGCGAGAUGCUGGGCAAUGAGAUUGGACUCCCCAAGCGUGUUGUCCAGGUGUGGUUCCAGAAUGCCCGUGCUAAAGAAAAGAAGUUCAAGAUUAACAUUGGAAAGCCAUUCAUGAUAAGUCAAGGCUCACCGGAGGGGCCCAGGCCUGAGUGUACCUUGUGUUGUAUAAAGUACACUGCCCGGAUGUCUGUCCGAGACCACAUUUUCUCCAGACAGCACAUCGCCAAAGUGCAAGAAACCCUGGGAAACCAGGUGGAUAGAGAAAAGGACUACCUAGCACCAACCACUGUUCGUCAGCUGAUGGCCCAGCAAGAGAUGGACCGGAUGAAGAAAGUUGGUGAUGUACUUGGCCUGCCUGGCCAGCAGCAACUGACUUCGUUGGACAACAAUAAUGCACUUCAUGGCCUCAGUCUACCCUCAGGCUACCCAGGGUUAUCUGGCCUACCACCCGUGCUACUUCCUGGGGUCAAUGGGCCAUCAUCACUUCCUGUUUUCCCACCCAACACACCUGCUUUAGCGUCUCCCGGUGCUGGCAUGCUUGGGUUCCCUACACCAGCCACCCCCUCUCCUGCCAUGUCUCUCAGCACUACCCCAACCAAGACUCUUCUGCAGACUCCUCCUCCUCCUCCACCUCCUCCUCCUCCUCCUGUUCCCUCCACACCUUUGGCAGCAGCAAAUCAUACAGAGCAGCAAGGCAAAGACACAGAGAGAGACCGCAGCAAGAAAUCAGGAGACAAGUCACUGCAGAUGAAGGUGAAGGAACAAGAGAACGAGAGCGGCUCACGCCCUGAGACCCCCAGCAUGGCUAAGAAAAGGGAGAAACAACGUUCUGCUCCAGGGAAACCAGGAAAUGAGACUGCAUUGGACGCGACACAGCUUCAGGCACUUCAGAAUGCUCUUGCGGCAAGUGAUCCCACCUCUUUCUUGGGGGGGCAGUUCCUGCCCUAUUUUCUCCCUGGAUUUCCCAACUGCUUCUCUCCCCAGCUUACUAGAGGGGUCCAAACAGGGGGGUACUUCCCACCACUGUGUGGAAUGGAAAACCUGUUUCCAUAUGGCCCGGCAGCAGUCCCACAAGCUGCCAUGGCAACUGGUCUCUCCCAGACCGCUCUCCUGCAGCAGUACCAGCAGUACCAGCAGUCCCUUCAGGAUUCACUGCAGAAGCAACAACAGCAGCAGCAGAAACAACUAGAGCAACAGCAGAAACAGCAGAAGAAGCAGCAGCAGCAGCAGCAGCAGCAGCAGCAGCAGCAACAACAGCAGCAGCAACAGAAACCACCCCCUGUGAAGACACCCCAGAGCAUACAGAGCACCACCACUAACUCUUUCAAACCAAAAGAUGCUAUAGAUGCUAAGGAUGAAACCAACAAAGGCUCUUCAAAAGAAAGCACAAAAGAAGAUCCCAAAACAGAUACCAAAAGUACCAUGGAUUUUCCAGACGCUUUUAUUGUACCGUCCGUCAAGCAUGAGUUUAUAUGCAGGAAGUGCCAGAUGAUUUUUGCUGAUGAAGAUUCAGUGGUGCGUCAUCAGAAGUCCUUCUGUUACUUCGGACAUCCUUUUACUGACCCGCAAGAGACAGUGCUUCGAAAGGCAGUGAGCAACUACACUUGUGUUGCCUGCAAUGUGGUUGUUAACGGGAAUGAAGCACUUGGCCAACAUCUUCAGUCGAGCUUGCACAAAGAGAAAACAAUCAAACAAGCAAUGAGAAAUGCCAAAGAGCAUACUAGAUUAUUACCUCACUCUGUCUGCUCCCCUACUCCUAACACCACAUCUACCUCGCAGUCUGCAGCUUCUUCUAAUAACACCUUUCCUCAUCUCUCUCGCUUGUCCAUGAAGUCCUGGCCAAAUGUCCUGUUCCAGGCCAACACAGCCCGGAAAGCUGCUUCCUCCUCCCCGUCUGCCUCUCCUCCUCCCCCCCUCUCCUCACCUUCAACGGUUACCUCAACUUCCUGCAGCACCUCAGGGGUUCCAACCUCACUACCCACCGAGAGUUGUUCAGAUGAGUCUGACAAUGAGCUAAGCCAGAAGCUGGAUGAUUUAGAGAACGCGUUGGAAGUCAAGGCUAAGCCGGCCUCUGGCCUAGACGCGAGCUUCAGUAGUAUCAGAAUGGAUAUGUUCAGUGUGUAGGAGUGACAAAAGGAUCCCUUGCUUAAAGAAAAAAAUAAGACUUUUUAAAACUGCAGUUCCAAAGUCUCUCUUAACCCAAAAAAUUACAGUACCAAAUGAUUGACUCAGGAUUGUUUUUCCCAUAUUGAUAUGCUGGCAAGAUAUUGAUUGAUUUUUGUUAUGGACAGAACUGUUGCAGAUGCUUGACUGAGCUUAUAUUGUAUACAAAAACAAGGAGUAGGAAAAAAUCCCACAGGCUCCCUUGGGGAGCUUGUUUCAAGCCAAAAACUCUCACGAUAGCAAAUUGCACCUCAGCUGGAUUGUUUUCCAAAUGCUAGCAUGUACUGUAUGGGAUGACGAUCCAGAACCCUCAAAGAGAAUCUCUCUUAGUUUAGAUAGGUGUAAUUCAGUAGCUUUAAAUUCUCAGGUCAGAACAUAACAUUUCUCAUUUGUUAAAGCAGCAACAAGCCUGGGUACACUUGGCUUAUAACCAAAACAUGUCAAGCUUUAUCGGACGCAUUUCCUUGAUGUGUAUAGAGUACCAAGAGACAAUAUUACUGUUACAAUGGACGAUGUGCAUAUCCUUUUAGUUUUGCCCUACAAAGACAGUAUGGUUUUGCCACUGAGGGAAUAUAGAAUGGUGAAGUAAAUGUGUAUGAUGCCCCUGUGUUUGCCAGUUUGUAUUUCAACAAGCUGUAUCUAUUUCCCGCCCCAUUUUUUCCUUUUUUUCUUGUAGUAUAUACUAAUCUGUGCCAACUCUUACCUUCUCACUUUACCUCUGCUCACACCCUUUUCUGAAGAGGUAAUAACUCUAGUUUUGAUAGACUCUCUCGGAUUAUGUGAAUAUAACAUUUUUCAUUUGUGAAUUGCUGUACUGUUACGGUACCUGCUUGUGUCUGGACUAUAGUGCACUUACUUUGUUUUUGUUUGACUUUUUAUUAUUUGAGUAGGCCAUUUGUUAAUUUAAUAGAUUUUUUUUCCAUUUGUAUGUAUGUAUGUUUGUAUUUUAAUUAUUAUUUGUGUCUAUUGCAGCAGCAUAUUGGUCCAUAUUUGUUACAGGAUUGAUGCCUAACAAUCUAGAGACCUAUUUAAUAAUUGGUGCAUCCAUGAAAGCAGUACUGUAUACUUGAAACUGUUAAGGUACAAGUUGGUCACAAUGUUAAAAAAAGGUAUGAACAUUUACGUUUGAAAAUAUGCUGCUUUAAAAGGGGGACAACAGCAUUUGUGUUGUAUAUUAAAAAACCUUUUCCUGUACUUGUAGGACUUAAAACAGUGUUACACGUAUACACAGACAUUUAUCGCAUAGGUUGACGUCCUCCCAUCGAUUCUCUGGGCACUUCUGAUGAUCUACAGUUAAAGUCAACAUUUUCAUUUUUCCACAUUUAGUGAUUUCAACAUUGCAAAGUAUUACCUUACAAAGUUUGCUGCUACUGUGUAAUGUUAUUUUGCUUGCCAUACAUUCUCUCAACUUUCUACCAGACAAGAUACUGAUCCAUUAAUUGCUUUGCUUUGCUACCUUUUAUUAUUUUAUGUUAUUUUGUUAUUUUGCUGUGGAACUAAGAAUGUGAAAGCUGUCAAAGGGUGUUCAAUUUUUUACGAAUCACUUUCUAGUUUGGUAAUUGAAACCAAUGUGAUUCAUUCCAAAGUAACAGAAGGCUAUUUGUAUGAAAGAAAAAGGCUUGUGAACAAAGAAAGCUAAGCUGUUGUACAUAUUCGUAGUUGGCUGUGCAUGGUACAAAUUUAUUAAUAUGAAGAAAUGCAAAAAUGUAUUGCUUUUGGUAUUUCCUAUUCUGAGAUGAGCAAGUAGCAUGUAAUGCAACUGUUUGACAGGUUAAAUCAAAUCAUGCUUAGUUAUUGUUUCAAACAAUGAAAUCAAGUAACAUUUCCUUUUAUGUUUUAUUAUUGUAAAGGUGUUUUUUUCAAAGUUUUAAAGCAAAAUGUCAGACUUUAAUUUUCUGCGUGAGCUUUUUAAAUGUCAUUUUUUGGAUUUUUAGUAUUUUAACAUUUACUUUAAUCCUGAAGACACUUUUCGAUUGUGUUUCAUAAGAGACAUCCUGGCCUCCCAAGGUGCAAUUCUGCCAUUGUACAAACAUGAGCGACUGUCCGGAUUCCAAAGGCUUUCACAACUCUGGCUUUUUGCCUUUCCCCACUCUGUGGCUCAGCAUUAAAAGACUGAACUGUCAGCUAGCAUCAUGUGCUAAGAUGUUAGCCUCAGACAGGACGCUUUCCACACCAAGGACUGGUAAAAGCUAACAAACCAACAAAAAGGAUGGUCCAACAAUAUAACUGUACAUAGAUAUUGCAACUGCACAGCAGCCAAAAAGAAAAAAAAAAAGAACUUUUUAAAAACAAACGGAUGGAUUGUGUCAUGUUUAUGGGGACAGCCUUCAAAAGGUUGAAAUUGGAAUUGUUCUUCUGGAUGUCAAAGGGAUUUUCAUGGCGCAAUCAUAUCCUACACAAUAUGUACUCUUCAACAUCUGGGUUACAUAGGAAAUGCACCCUGAGGUUUUAAUAAGAAGAAGCCCCUAUGGCUAAAACUUUAAAUAAACUAAACCAAAAAUGUUAUUGAUGUUUUAUAUAUAGAGAGUAGUCGCAUUAGUUUUUGUUACUGUACUGUUUGAGGUCUCAACUGUACCGUAUCACGGUAAUAACAUGGUUUUGAAACCGUUUUUUUAUUUUGUCACAGACCUGUUGUCAUAGUUGAAAUGACGUUUAUUGUAGAUGGUAUUUGAACAACUUCUGGAAAUAGUUCAUCAAGUAUGUUUGUUGCUCAUUGUUGUGAUACAUUAAAAACUGUAUCUGCAAACCA